AUGAAAUCUCAAGUAAUAGAGUAUAGAGAAAAAAGCUUAAGCCUAUAGACACCUACUUCUUUAUCAAUAAGACCUUUAGAAAAGAUAAAUAAAACAUGGAUUGGUUAUGAUUUAAAUCUUCCGUUGAUAUCCUAAUAAUACAAUUGUAGACAAGAAUAAAUUUAAAAAAUCAAGCUGUUUUAACACGAUUAAGAUUUUAGCAAUAUCAAAAUAUGUACUGAAAUAGUAGAAAAUAACAAAAAUUAACCAAUUCUUAGUAAAUUGAAUGAUCUUGAUGAAAGUGGUAGUUCUUAACAUAAUAAACAGAUUGAAUAUUAUAUAAAAAGCAAAUAAUAAAGAUAUGAUGAUUUGAUUUAACAUAAUUUAGUGACACUAGGAAAUUUGGAAGAAAACUCAUUUACUAUUCCUGAAGGAUAAUAUGAAUAAUCAAAUAAUAGAAAAACUUCAAUCUUAAAAAUGCCACUAACCAACAGACCACAUAGGAUGAAUUCUUUAUAAGUAAAUUUACAAAAAGAUGUUGAUAAAUUAAAAACCAACCAUUAAAUAUUUUUGAAAUAAAAAUUUUAAAAAAAAGAUGAUGAAUUAGUUAAGAUAUAAAAAACUUAAAAUUAUGGAAUAAAUCUUGAUUAAAGUUUAAAGUGUUCUGAAUUAGAAAGAGGUAAAACAAUGACACUUCGAAAUGGUAGACCUUCAGUAUAAUUACAAAUUUGGAAUAAUAUGAUUAUAAAUAAAAAGAAUCAAGCAAAAAAUUAGUUUAUAAUUAGAAAUAAAAAAUUUAGAAUUAUAGUGUUCGUUGUUAUUGCUGUUUUAGAAUUAUCAAAAAAAUAUAAGUAUUUAUUAAUUUUAAAUUAAGAAUAAUAUUUGAAGAGAGAGAGAUAGCUAGAGUACACUUUUUAGCACAAAAAGAACCUCAUAAACAUUUUAUUAACUAUUUUGGAAUCAAAUAGCACAAAACACAGCAUAGAAAAUUUGUAGAUUCCUUAUUAUCUAAAAUUUUAACAAUAUAUAAAGAUUAAAAAUAUAUUUAAGAAUGCGAAAAUAUUUAAAAUUAGAAAACUGCAAUAAGGAAAGAUAUACAAAUAUAAAGAUUAUGUUUUUUCAUAAAGUUAUUAUUUUAAGAUUUAGAAUUAAUAACUAGAAAAAAUAUAAUACCAAAAUUUAUACUUCAUUCAUUAAAUUUAUGCUUAUUUGCUGGUAAAAAUACAUAAACAAGUUAAUUUGUAGCAAAUAGAACUAAAUUUUAUUCUAAAACAGUUCAUUCUCUUACAUCUCAAUAAAAAGUAUUAAUUGCUUUAGAAUAUCUUAUUUUCACUAUUAUUAUACCAAAUUUAUUAGAAAUUGCAAAUGAAUUAGAUAAAACAAGUUAUGAUUGUUUUUAUGUAACUCUAUUUCAUUUUAUUGCAUUUACUGGUGUAUUAAUGGUUUAAUUUACAAAAUAAUUCGAAAAUUUAAACAAAAUUCGAAAUUCAAAUGUAAAACCCAUAUAGAGAAUUAUUUAACUAAAAAAAAAUGAUUAGGGUUUACCUUGUAUUGCUAAUUUUAUUAUCAAUGAUAAAAUAGAUGAAGAUGAAAACAAAAUUACUGCAGGAGGCUUUGAAUACUCUGGAAUUUUAGAAUUAUAUGAAUCAAAACCUUUUUGGAGAGUAAAAAUUUCCAAAUUAUUUUCAAAAGUUGUUUCUAAUAUUGGAGAUCUAAUAAACAUAGCAAAUGUUAAUUGA